GCCGGGAGGGGCCGCAUGGCGGCGGCGGGCGGGUGGCGCGCGGCGAGCGGGCGGCGGCGGAGGCGGAGAGCGGAGGAGGAGGGCGGCGUCGCGGUGCUGAGGCGGCUGCGGGACGCGCGGGACGAGCUGCUGAGCUCCGGCUUCUGGGCGGCGAGCGCCGGAGCCGUGCGGGAGCCGCUGGGCUCGGGGCGGGCUUGGCGCUGCGUGUGCUACGGGCUGGGGCGGUUCGCUGCCUGCCCCGCCGCCCGGCUGCAGCUGGCCUUCCUGCUGCUGCUGCUCGAGAUGCUGGAGGUGCCACCCAGCCACUGCUUCCUCUUCGACCCGGCCUUCUCAGAGCUGGAGCUGGCAGCACUGAAGGCGCUGGGGCUGCGUCUGCUCCCGGAGAACGAGGAGGGCAAGCACCACGUCAAUGGGUCUCCUACGCUCUUCUACAUGGUGCACUGUGGCAAGGCACUGUACAACAACCUGCUCUGGAGGAACUGGUCUGUCGGGGCUCUGUCCAACAUGGUCAUCAUAGGCAACAGCUUUAAGGGAAUCGAGGAGAGGUUGCUCUCAAGAAUAUUGGAGAGAGAUUACUCUUACAUUGCGAAGAUUUUAAAAGGGGUGGAGGAAGUUGCGCUCCCCACUCACCCUCGCUACUCGGAUACCUUUAACGACACUUCCAUCCACUGGUUCCCUGCACACAAGCUGGAGGGACUCGCUGCUGAGGUUUGGGAGUUGGUGGAGGAGCCGACUUACGAGGAGUGCGAUGACUUGGAGAUCAUCAGGAAGGGGGAGGAAGGGAGCCAGCACAGCCCUGCCACAGCGCAGCCCUAACUGCUGCCUCUUCCCUCGGUCCUCCUGUGCAGCUGAGGCGAUGCUCAAGCACUGACAGCGCCAUCACUGUCUGCCAAAAGUGGCAGCACCUGAACU